CCUUUGGCUGCAAGGCGCUCUCCAUGUCGGCGCCGCCGGACUGGGAGCCGUGCUCCCUCGGCCGGAAUGGAGAAGGCAACGCCGACACUUUCCUCAAGCGCAACCAUGGCUACGGCUACAACGACAUGAUUGCGCUUCCGACACUCACCAAGGACUCUCUGCUCGAGAACCUGGCUCGGCGGUACAAGUACGAGGUGGUGUACACCUAUGUGGGUGACAUCGUCGUCUCCGUCAACCCCUUCAAGAACGUCGGCAACACCGGCAAGGCCAUCCGCAACAAGUACAAGGGCGGCUCUCGCACGGCGCUGCCUCCGCACAUCUAUGCACGGCUCGGCAUCCAGCAGCGCCGCUGCGCGAUGGGGCGCGCAUGGCUGCCUCGGAACCGGCCCGCGCUGGUGGACCACGCCUACAACGAGAUGGUGCGGAACGAAAAGUCACAGUCGAUUCUCAUCUCGGGCGAGUCGGGCGCCGGCAAGACCGAGGCGAUGAAGAUUGCCCUCUCGUACAUCGGCGAGGUGUCUGCCAAGAAGGGCCAGCGAGUCUCGGACGAGGUUGCGUCGCGGCUGAUGCAGACCAACCCCAUCAUGGAGGCGCUCGGCAACGCCAAGACGGUGCGCAACAACAACUCGUCCCGCUUCGGCAAGCACUUUGACGUGCAGUUUUCGGCGAAUGGCGUCAUCAUUGGCGCCCGAAGCCCCAUGCCGCAGCCCGGCCACGGCCUCGACCUGAGCUCAUGGCCCGCACCGCCUCUGCAGGCGCCUUCACGCGAGCGAAACUACCACGUCUUCUACAUGCUCGCCAAGGCGCCCGCGGCGGUGCGCGAGUCGCUCGGGCUGACAAAGUGGCAGGACUACAAGAUCUGCAACCAGAAGGGCACCGUCGCGGAGGUGACGACUUGGAACGACGCGGCUGAGUUCGAGGACAUGCACGAGGCGCUGCUCAAGGUUGGCUUCACCGAGGAGGCACGGCUCGAGCUGUACAAGAUGCUCGUCUUCGUGCUGCAGCUGGGCAACCUCGACUUCAAGCCCGGCAAGGAGGGCUCCGAGGCCAAGGACCCCAAGCAAGUGACUCCGCAGCAGCUGAUGGACGCCAUCUCGUACCGCACCAUGGGCGGCGGCAAGCUCUCCACCUACAAGGUGCCGCUCGAGCCGCGCGCCGCGACAGCGGCGCGCAACUCGCUGUGCGCGCACAUUUACUGCCUGGUCUUCGACUGCGUCGUCUCGGUCAUCAACGACUACAUCAGCGUCUACAACGCGGCGCACUGCGUCGGGCUGCUCGACAUCUUUGGGUUCGAGAACUUCAAGACCAACUCGUUCCCCCAGCUGUGCAUCAACUUUACCAACGAGUCGCUGCACAACCUCUUCAUCGAGCACGUCUUCAAGCUCGAGCAGGAGGUGUACGUCAAGGAGGAGGUCGAGUGGAACUUCGUCUCGUACGAGGACAACCAGCACAUCAUCGACCUCAUCGCCAAGCGGCCGAUCUGCGUCCUCGGCCUCCUCGACGAGGGCUGCGCCACCGGCUCCGGCAAGGACUCGACCGACCGCACCUUUGUGCUCUCGCACUACGCCGGCGAGGUGGUGUACACCAUCGAGGGGUGGGUCGAGAAGAACAAGGACGAGCUCUCGCCGGACGUGCUGAUGCUGCUCGAGGUGCACUCGCAGUUCGAGCGGCUGAGCGAGCUCGCGCGGGCCGACACGCAGAAGAAGCUCGAGGCGGCCGAGAGCAAGGCCAAGCCGGGCAAGCGCGGCGGCGGCGGGAUGAAGAAGAAGACCGUCGCCAAGACCUUCUCGGAGCAGCUGGCGACGCUGAUGGAGAAGCUACGCGCGACGGAGCACCACUACAUCCGCUGCCUCAAGCCGAACCAGACGCUGCAGGCGGGCGACUGGGACAACGACUUUAUGUUCAAGCAGCUCGCCUACUCGGGCACGCUCGAGGUGACGCAGAUCCGCAAGGCGGGCCUCAACGUCCGCCGCCCGCUCAAGCACUUUUACCAGUACUACAAGAUUUGCGCAGACGACCCCUCGGCGCUGCGCGCGGGGACGGUGACGAAGCGGACCGAGCUGCUGCUCAAGCAGCUGGGCGUCGACGAGAACAAGUACCGCGUGGGCAAGACGCUCCUCUUCCUCCUCAACUUCGAGAUCAUGGAGCAGCUCGACGCCAUCCGGACGGAGCGCGUCGCCGAGUACGUCAUCAUCCUGCAGUCCUACAUGCGGAUGCUGAAGCCGCUCCUGCAUUACAAGCGCGCCAAGCGGUGCAUCCUGCGGCUACAGGGCUUCUGCAAGUCGUGGGAGAUCCGGCGCGCGUACUGCGAGGUCCGCGCCGCGGCCAAGCUGCUCGAGCGGUGGACCCGGACCUACCUGGCGCACCAGAAGCUGCUCGACAUGCGGGAGAGCGACGACCCGGCGCUGACGCCCGACAAGAAGCGGGAGGCGCUGCUCAAGAUCCUCUACCCCGCCAAGCACGGCCGAGGCCGCAUCGGCCUCUCGGGCAAGCGCCGGCCGCUGCGGAUCCAGCCGACGCGCACCGUCGGCGACGACGCCGACGAGGACGAGUUCGUCGAGAUGCCUCGCUUUGAGGUUGCGUACGAGGGGUGGCUCGUGUGCAAGGUGGGCCAGAUGGGCAAGUACGAGAAGCGGUGCGGCACAGCGCGCGCGCCGCAAGCGCGCAGCCCCAUAGCUCCUCACCUCGCCCUUCGGCCCGCUCGGCAGGUACGUCUCGCUGAAGCAGGGGACCCUCUCGCUGUACGUCGACCAUGAGGCGCUGCAGUCGGCAGCGAUCGAGGUGCGGCGCGCCGACGGCGCCGGCCUCUUUUUGCAGAAAAGGCGGCGGUUUAAGGCCUCGCGCUGGGGCGGCGGCGACGUCGUCGUGUUUCAGCGGGAUUCGCUCGCCCCCGAGGCGAGCGAGGCGUGGGCGGAGAAGCUGCAGGCUUCGGCGGGCGAGGCGCGCGCCGUCGACGGGUACAAGAUGCAGGUGAGCCUCGACGGUGACCAGGACGAGAAGCCGGUCGACCAAAAGGUGGCGGCGGUGAUCAAGGAAGGGUACCUGCGCAAGAAGAAGGAGGGCACCUUUGGCAAGUGGGAGCGCCGCUUCUUCGUGCUCUACAACGACGGCAAGCUGCGGUACUACGAGUCCAAGGCCAAGGCCGAGGAGAAGGGUGCGGUCGACCUGCGCUGGUUCGCCCUCAAGGAGGUGGAGGAGGAGAUGGAGGUUGCCGAGGACGACACCGGCGAGUCGGCGGGGCUGCGGGUGCAGGGCCAGCUGUUCAAGGUGGUCAAGGGGAAGCAGUUCUCGCUCAUCUCGGGCAAGCACGCCCUCUACAUGGCGUCGCCAGAGCGCGAGCUGUGCGACGAGUGGAUCGCGACGCUGCAGCAGACGCUGGCGCUCCUCUACCAAAAGUCGCCCUUCUUCAACCCGGAGGUGCUUCGCGUGUACAUGAUGGACGGCUCCUUCACGAGCAUCCCGCUGACCGAGAACACGCACGGCCGCGACGUGGCCCGCUUCAUGUGUAAGAAGCACGGGCUCAACAACGAGACCGAGUGGGGGCUGCUCGAGCUCUGGGACCACCCCGGUAUCGCGGGCAACAUGACCGAGCGCAAGCUGCCGGGCGACGAGCUGCUGCUCGACCAGACGCUCGUCAACUGGGAGCGGGCGGCGCGCAUACGCUUCGGCAUCAUCUCGCAGGUGCCGGCCAGCUCCUUCCGGCUGGUGAUGCGCAAGGUCACCUCGCUGCUGCCGCAAGCGCGCACCAAGAAGGAGCAGCAGCUCGAGUUUUGCCAGGCGAUGUCGGACUUGCGCGAGGGGCGCUUCACCUCGCCCGACAAUAGCGAGAUCUUCGACCUCGCCGCGCUCGCCAUCUUCAAGGACCUCAAGGAGGGCAUGACGGAGGAGGAGCAGGACGACGACCUCGAGGGGCAGCUGACGGACCAGCUGCACAACUACCUGCCGUCGCACAUGUUCCGCGCGCUCGCCAACAAGCGGCGCGGGCUGCAGGACUCGAUGGUGGAGGAGUGGGAUCGGAAGGUCGUGCGCGCCUUCAACGAGCUCACCCGCGCCGAGCUCAUCGAGACGGAGAGCAUGUCCGAGGUGCGGCGCAUCGUCCAGUCCUUUCGGAUGGAGACCGAGCUCAAUGCCGUUGCCGCCACGCGCAUGUGCAUUGAGCGGGUGCGACUGGCGCCGCUCUGCUUCUCGGCGCAGUACAUCGCCGAGAUGUGGUCCGUCGACAAGAUCCUCAAGGUGCUGGUCGUGAUCAACGCUGGGGGGCUGCACGUCUACCGGCUUGGGCCGUCGCCGGUGCUGAUCUCGACCUUCAACUUCGACACGCUCGUCUCGUGGCAGUCGAUGAACGACAUGCUUAUCAUCAACAUCAUCUAUGCCACCAAGCACGACCACAACAAACGGCGAGAGAAGCUGCGCUUCCUCACGCGCGAGGCGAUCCACAUGCGCAAUAUCCUCACAAAGUACGCUGAGGUUGUGCUCGCCAAUCUGGUCAAACGCAUGCGAGAGCGCGACGCGAUGCAGCGGGAGGAUGACAAUUGAGAGAGGAGAGCCGUGUGUGCAUACUGAUGUACCGAUCACCGUACCGCGUAGCUGGGAUAUUUUCAAAAAAAGGCAGUGGGAGGGC